GUGAAACACUGAACGCAACGACACUUGACUUCUCUCUCAUUAUUUAAUUCAUUUGAAUUGAUAUUAUAAUUAAUUGAUUGACUUUUCAUUGAUUUAACUUUUGUUUGAUUACUAAAUCGUUUGUAUCAUUUGAAUCCGAGACUCGAGUGAAGUAUACAUAGAGUGAUAAAAAGAGUUAACAAUACUAUGAGUUAUAGUCACAAUGGACAACAGCAAGGUCUCGAACAGCAGUUUGCUGGUCUGGACCUAAACAGUGGAUUGGGCUCUUCAGGCAAAUACAUUCCUCCGCAUCUGCGGAACAGUCGUCCAAACGCUUACCAAAACCCAAACCCGGGUCCCGGUCCUCAACCACGCGAAGAGUACAGGACUGACAACAACCCCAUCCGUCAG